AUGCAGCCCACCCUGCUUCUCGCCCUCGGGGCGUCUCUCCUCUCCGGGGUCAUCGCCCACCCCCACCACGCAGACAUGUCCCACGCCGAGAUCACUCGCCGCUCGCACCUGUCGAAGCGCUGUGAGGGCGCCGCCGCCUCCAUGAACCGCAAGCGCUGGGCCAAGCGCAACUCGAAGCGCGAUCUUGUCUCACGGUCCGCCAACACCACUUACAGCAUAAACACCGAGGCGCCGUACUACGACGUGCUCCAGAACAACACUUGCAUUCUUACCGAAGAAGUGACCGGAGGCCCAUACAUCUGGCCCCGUUCGCAGACUCUGCGCCAAGACAUGACCGAGGGCGAGGCCGGUGUGCCUCUGUACCUGGACAUUGGUGUCAUGGACGUCAACUCCUGCGAGCCGCUGCCCAACGUGCUCGUCGACGUCUGGCACUGCAACGCCACCGGCAGCUACUCGUCCUUCACCGGCCUGAGCCCGGACACGCCGUUCGAGACGCUCCUCGACCAGCUCAACGCCACCAUCGGCGACGACCUGCACACCGACGACACCACGUUCCUGCGCGGAAUGUGGCCCACCGACGAGAACGGCAUCACCGAGAUCCGCACCAUCUUCCCCGGCUUCUACGUCGAGCGCACGGUGCACAUCCACGUCCAGGUCCACGACAACUGGGUCGUCCGCGCCAACGGCACCCUCGCGUCGUCGGACACGGUCUCGACCGGCCAGAUCUUCGCCGCCGAGGACCUCACCCAGCAGAUCGUCGCGCUCGAGCCGUACGUCAGCCACACCGGCAUCAACCGCACCACCAACGCCAUCGACGACAUCUACGCCGACGAGAUCAAGAACGGCUUCGAUCCCGUCAUGGACAUCGUGCCGCUCGACGGGAACGAUGUGACCAAGGGCAUGGUCGGGUACAUCACGAUUGGCGUGGAUACCGAGACGCAGCAGGCGAUGAGGAAGAAGUUGAGGAAGUUGUAG